AGGCAUCACGCACCAUGUACCUCAGUGGUCUAUUCUUCAUCAUUUCACUCCUCUUUGUGCCUUGGACUGGGUCAUAUAAGCCUGUUCUUGACAAGGGGUCCACAAAACCUGGAACCUGUCCAGAAGAUAAUGCCAUCUGCAGAAGGCAUUAUAAAGCCAAGUGCCAGAGCGAUGAGGAAUGCAGUGGCAAACAGAAAUGCUGUCUCUAUAACUGUCACUUCAAUUGUAAGCAUACAGUAGAAGACAGGUUGUCAGAAGUGAAGCCGGGGGUCUGCCCGAACAUUCAAAGCCAGUGUGGGAAGAAGACUCCAUUGGACACAUGUACCUGUGAUGGAGAAUGUCGAGGGUUGUUCAAGUGCUGUCCAGGGGCCUGUGGAAAGGAGUGCCGCAGACCUCUCUCAGGGAAGCUGGGAACCUGUCCAGAAGUGAUAUAUAGGUGUACCAAGAUAAAUCUCCCCAACGAAUGUAAGAGGGACAGAGACUGCCUUGGGACUCUCAGGUGUUGCUUCGGCUAUUGUGGCAAGAAGUGCAUGGAUGCUCUGAAACCUGACUUGCCAGAGCUUGACAAAGAAACAGCAAAGAAAAUUAUCAAGUUCAAAGAGGCCAGAGAAAGAAGGUUUCAAAAGCUUCAGUGUGGGCCAGAAGCUGGCACUGAGACCCUGCUCUGUUCCCGGGGGUCUGCAGCACACCACUGCUGCUUGCUUCUGAACUUGUUCCUUUCUCUGUACACCACCCUGGGACUCCCUAUCUGGAAACACUGCCCCCAGUUGCUGCCCCUGCUGAUUCAGAGGCUCCCAAGCCCUGCUCUUGGUCUGCUGUGGGUGUGGCUGAGUCUGCACUACGGCUGGGUCUACACUGGUGCAGCCUGUACUGGAUUGUUCUCCACUCUCACCCUGCCAAUGUUCCUGGCUGAGAGGCUUCAGUGUGGGCCAGAAGCUGGCACUGAGACCCUGCUCUGUUCCCGGGGGUCUGAAUCACACCACUGCUGCUUGCUUCUGAACUUGUUCCUUUCUCUGUACACCACCCUGGGACUCCCUACCUUGGAAGAGUAUCCCCAGGUGCUGGUCCAUUUCUCAGCCUGA